AUUGUUAAUCAUUGUUGGCUGGCUGCAGCAGUAGUAGUACGAGAUCGACGAGCCAAACCCAAUGAAUAUAGUUGGUCACGAAUGUUUGAUAUUGAACAGAACGCACAACAUCAAUCAACAUCGUACAGCCGGAAUUACAGAAAAGAGUGGAAGUCUGUACCGGAACAAAUGUCAAAUCAUAUUUUUUGCGGAGCUGGCCAGUCAACUUGAGUAACGUGAUUGUGUAUUCUACGUAAUGACGUAGUUUUACGUUACAACGUGAUUUAGCAACUUUUAGCAACAAAUCAACCUGACUAGCAACUUACCCUGAAAAUUAGUUCACAGCACUGGUUCCAUAGUUACUGUCAGGGACACCACGACUCUUACAGCAUAAAAUGGGUCCCUACACAAUCACCUACUUUGGAGUCCGAGGGCGCUGUGGCGCUAUGAGAAUCAUGAUGGCCGACCAGGGACAGGAAUGGAAGGAGAUCGUGGUGGACUUUGCGGACUGGAUGAAGGGAGAUCUGAAAGCCACUUGUGUAUUUGGUCAGUUGCCCAAGUUAGAAGAUGGAGGAUUUGCCCUGUACCAGUCAAAUGCCAUUCUGAGGCACUUGGGCCGCAAUCAUGAUGCCUAUGGGAAAGAUGGCAAGGAGGCUGCCCUCAUUGACAUGAUGUGUGAUGGCGUUGAGGACCUUCGUCUUAAAUACGUAAAAAUGAUUUACCAGGAAUAUGAUACUGGUAAAGACGUAUACAUCAAAGACCUUCCUAACCACCUUGACAAGUUUGAAGCUGUGAUGGCCAAAAACAAGACUGGUUUUCUUGUUGGCGACAAGCCUUCCUUUGCUGACUAUAGUCUGUUUGAAGUCCUUCUCAACCACCUGGUGCUCUGCUCCAGUUGCCUGGAUACCUUCCCCUCCCUGAAGAGUUUUGUCGAGAAGAUGUCUGCCCGUCCCAAAAUCAAAACCUUCCUAGACUCUGAAGCCUACAAGAAACUGCCCAUUAACGGCAAUGGCAAACAGUGAAUUCUGCUGAACAAAGGAGGCUAAAUUCCACCCCUUAUACUGUAACCUGAAUGGUCAUGGAUAAUAGCCAUUUUUUUUGUGUCCAACUUACACAUUAGCCUACAAUAAGCUUGUAGUUAACUUUAUGUACAAUUGUUAGAUACUAAUGACUUUUGUAUGACAUGAUGAAUUGUAAUUGUCAUGUGUUCAAAAAAUAAAGGGCUUUUUGAAAAGCA